AUGACGGUCACCGACCCCAAGCCCACCGAGGUCUCUGAAGCCCCGAUUUCACUGGAUUCUCAGUCCGCAACAGAGGACUCUGACAAGCAGGAUGGUGUGCGAGUCGCGGAAGCAAUCACUGCUUCUUGGUCACGAAGCUCCCUCAUCACUGUCUAUGCCUGUAUGUGGCUGCUAUAUUUUGUCAAUGCCCUUCAAUCGAGCUUGACAUCCAACUUGUCGGCGUAUAUCACGAGUGAGUUCUCAGAGCACUCGCUACUGACAGUGAUCAGCGUCGUCACCAGUGUGAUGGGGGCGGCGUGCCUGAUGCCGAUCGCCAAGGUAUUGAAUAUCUGGGAUCGGACGGUUGGCAUGGUCAUCAUGAUUCUGAUUGCCAUAAUGGGACUGAUCAUGAUGGCCGGUUGCACAAACAUUGCGACCUACUGUGCUGCACAGGCAUUCUACACAGUCGGCCUGACCGGUGUGAUCUUCUGUGUUGACGUCUUGACCUCCGAUACCUCCUCGUUGCGGAAUCGUGGUAUCGCUUUUGCUUUCACCUCGUCGCCUUCCAUGAUCACUGCGUUCGCUGGCUCCCCUUUAUCGAAUCAGUUUCACGAGACAAAUUGGCGAUGGGCAUAUGGGACGAUCUGCAUUAUUCUUCCGAUCAUUGCUUUGCCCUUGAUCGUGACAUGGGAGCUGGCUAAGCGGAAGGCGGAUCGGGAGGGUCGCAUACAGUAUAAGGAGAAGAAUACCCGGACAUGGUGGGAGAGCUUCAGGUUCUAUUUCAUUGAAUUUGACGUCAUUGGCAUCUUCCUCAUGGUCGGCGGUUUGAUCCUUUUCCUAAUCUCGUUCAACAUCGCCGGCAACACAGAAGGCCAAUGGAAAUCCGCCAAAGUCAUCUCCAUGAUGGUCGUUGGCUUCUUCGUCAUAGUCGCCUUCGUCGCCUACGAGCUCUGGGUCGCACAGAAACCUUUCAUUCCGUCCCACCUCCUCGUCAACCGUACCGUCAUCGGCGCUUGCCUUCUCGACAUCACAUAUCAAGUCUCUUACUACUGCUGGGCGACCUACUUCACCUCAUUCCUGCAAGUCGUAUACGGCACCAGCCUGACGCAAGCCGGGUACAUCAGCGCGAUCUUCGACUUCAUGGACCCGGUCUGGCUCAUCGGCUGUGGUUAUCUGAUCCGAGUCACCGGGCGCUUCAAAUGGCUCCUCAUGUGUGCCGUCCCACUCUACCUCCUCGCCUCCGGCCUGAUGAUCUAUUUCCGCUCUCCGGGCCACAGCGUCGGAUACAUGUGCAUGUGUCAGAUCUUCCUGGCCGUCGGCGGUGGAACCCUCAUCCUCAUCGAGCAGGUGUCUGUUCUGGCGGCGUCGAAGCACGAAGACUACGCGGCCAUGUUGGCGUUGCUGAGUACGUUCGGCAAUCUGGGCGGUGCCGUGGGGAAUAGUGUGUCGGGUGCUAUUUGGACGAAUAUUCUCCCGAACAAACUUCAGGAGUUUCUGCCUGCUGAAACGAAGGACUCUUGGUCGGAGAUUUAUGAGUCCCUCGAUAUCCAGCUCAGUUAUCCCUUGGGGUCUGCGACACGAAUUGCCAUUCAGGAUGCAUAUGCGCAUACCCAACGGAUUAUGCUGAUUGCCGCUACUGGUAUCAUGGCAUUGUCGAUUGCGUGGGUGCUGAUGAUGAGGAACAUCAAGGUUUCCAAAGAGCAAAGCUCGCAGGGCCUGUUUUGA